AUGGGCAAAACCCGCCGCAACCGCGUGCGUCCCAACCGCAAGGACCCUCUCUCCAAGACCCCCAAGCCCCCCUCCGACCCCGAGCUCGCCGCCCUCCGCGAAAAGUCCGUCCUCCCUGUCAUCAAGGACCUGCAGAGCGCAGACCCCAAGCGCCGCACCGCUGCCGCCGCCGCCGUCGCCAACCUCGUGGCCGACACACGCUGUCGCAAGCUCUUCCUGCGCGAGCAGAUCGUCCACAUCAUCCUGAGCGAGACGCUGACCGACGCGAGCCUCGAGAGCCGCGCCGCUGGAUGGGACAUUCUGAGGCUGCUCGCCGAGGAGGAGGAGGCUGAUUUCUGCGUGCACCUGUUCCGAUCGGACGUCUUGAGCGCCGUUGAGUUUGCUGCCAAGUUUGUUGUCGAGACGAUCAAGUCCAAGGGCGCCAAGACGGGCAAGGCCGAGCAAAAAGUCCUCUGGUCCAUCAUCGAGUCUCUGCUCGCCCUCCUGACCGCCCUCUCCGAGGCCCAGGACGACAUUCUCGAGGCCAUCGUCGCGCUGCCCGCCACCGUCACCCUCCUCUUCCUCGCCCUCGCGAGCGCCGACGCGCCCGCCCACGUCCGCCUCGACGCCCUCUCGUGCCUGCUGAUCCUCACCGAGGACAACCGCCGCCUCGCCGAGCUCGUUGUCGCCGACGAGGACCCCAAGCCCUUCUCGGCGCUGCUCGGCCUGCAGGGCACGCACGGCGCCGGCCAGGUCCUCGCCUGCGGCGUCCUGCACAACGUCUUUGCCGCGCUCAAGUGGUACGAGGGGCAGCCGGCCGGGAACAAGGACCUGUCGGACGCGAGCCUCGUCAGAACGCUGUCGUCGGCCCUGCAGCAGGGGGCUAAGGCGGACGAGACGCUGCCGGCGAGCAGCCAGUGGUCGAAGCCUGCGGAGGUGCUGCAGCUGGCGCUGGAGAUUCUGGCUUCCAUCGGCACGAGCUUGCAGGAGUCCAUGGCGAAUAGCCAGGGCAAGGCCGAUGAGGAGGCCAACGGAGACGAGGCGAUGGAGGAGGAUGGAGAAAAGGCAGAGGUCAAGGACGACGAUGAAGACAUGGACGAUUCGAAGAUGGAAGGCGACGACGAAGGGGAGGAGGAAGAGGAAGACGAGGACGAUGACGAUGAUAUCGGUGAUAUCCAGGCCGACAUGGAAAUGGUCACGGGUGUGGACGAUGACGACGAAGACGCCUCAGACGAUCUUACAACUCUCAGCGAACUAGUGCACAAGGCGGUGCCGGAGAUUAUGCGCCUCGCCAACUCCUCUACUUCACCCAGCGACGCCAACCUGCAGGCUCCAGCCCUCUCAGCCCUCAACAACAUUGCCUGGUCCGUGGCCUGCUUCGACUUCACCAAGGACGACAACGCAUCCAUCCUCAAGACCUGGGCUCCUGCCGGCAAGGCUAUUUGGGAGAACACCAUUUGCGCCGUCCUCGCCGCCAACACGGCCGACGUUGAGCUCGCGUCUCAGGUGACGAGCCUCGCGUGGGCCAUUGCCCGCACCCUGCCCGGCGGAAGGAUUCCCUUCCAGGGCGAGGAGCACAAGAAAUUCAUGGCGCUGUACCAAGCGUCCAAGACGCUGGACAGCAAGGUUGGGGGUGCCGAUGACAAGACGAACGGUCAGGAUGAGGAGCAGGACCCCUUCCAAGGGCUCGGCGUCAAGUGCAUUGGCGUGCUCGGUCAGCUUGCGCUUGACCCGACGCCAGUGGCUCUGAACAGGGAGAUUGGCGUGUUUCUGAUCACGGUCGUCGCAUCUCUGCCUGAUACGCCGGCAGCAGACGUCGUUGAGGCGCUCAACCAACUAUUUGACAUCUACGGCGAUGAGGACGCCACGUGCGACGUGGAGGUCUUCUGGAAGGACAACUUCUUGGCGCAGUUUGAGGGGGUGCAGCACAAGGUCAAGGCCAUGGUGAAGGCGAUCAACAAGCGAACGAACAGUGAGCUGAGGACAAGGGCCGAUGAGGUGGUGCUCAACCUCGCUCGCUUCAUCUCGUAUAAGAAGAAGAACAAGCCCAAGGCAUGA